AUAUUAUUUUUCUACGGAGUUUAAAACAUCAAAGGAUACAUUUUUUUUAAUUUGAAUUAAUAUUAGUAUUUAGUUGAAGUCGAGUAUUAAAAUGGCUACUAAUAAUUUAAAUCCUCUAGAGGGUACUGCUCAUCUGCUUGAUGAACUGGACAAAAAACUCAUGGUUUUGCUGCGAGAUGGGAGGACAUUAAUUGGCUAUUUGCGAUGUGUAGACCAAUUUGCCAAUUUAGUACUUCACAAAACUAUUGAGAGAAUUCAUGUUGGAAAGGAAUAUGGAGAUAUACCCAGAGGAAUUUUCAUAGUGAGAGGUGAAAAUGUAGUUUUAUUGGGAGAAAUAGACAAGGAUAAAGAGGACAAUCUACCAUUAACGGAGGUGUCUGUUGAUGAUAUAUUAGAUGCCCAAAGACGGGAACAAGAUGCCAAAAUUGAGCAACAAAAAAUUCUAUCAAAGGCCUUAAAGGAACGAGGACUUAAUUUAUUAGCAGACUUAGGACACGAUGACAUGUUCUAAAAAUAAUAUACUUCUUUUAUCUUGUUAUUGAUUACUGUUUAAGCAAAAACUUUUCUAUUA